GAUAUGAGAUCUCUAAGAACCCCUACCCCCAAAAGUACUACUAUAAUCUAGAAUGAAGUUGAGCUAAGAUCAUUUAUCAAUCACAUGGUUGAGAAUGUAAGGAAAGGUUUGAAGAUAAAAUCCACAUUCACAAAGGUUGGAUGGGAUAACAUUAUGAAAGGGCUUAAAGCCGAAUUCAAAUGGCCCUUUGCGACGGAGCAACUUCGUAACAAGAUGAACAAGUUAUGGAAAGAGUACAAAAGCUUCAGGUCUUUGUUAGAAACAACUGGUUUUGGAUGGGAUGCGAAUAUUAGGACUGCUACAGCUGAAGAUUCAGUGUGGGAAUUUGUUAUUCAGGGAAAAAAAGAUUGGGCAAAGUAUAGAAGAAAUGGUCUUCCAUGGUGGCCAAAGUUAUUAGAAAUCUUAUCCGACUCAAGUGCCCAUGGGGAUAGAGGUCUUUCACAGGCAACUGCUUUAACUCCUAUGUCCACUAACCUUGAAAUUGAUGAUGAUGAUUGUCAGGAUACUGAUAAUGAUGAUAGUGAUGCUUGUACUGGCACACCCAAGUAAUCAGCUCCUUCAAAGUGGCAACUUGAUAGGA